AUCAACUUCGCUUUUCUCCCAGCAUUGCGCCAUGGGAGAUGAAACAACUGGAGAAAGGAAGGAUGCAAAGCCAGCAGAUGCAAUGUCUGAGGCAGCUGCUUCCGCACUGCGGACCUUCCGAGCUGCAGUGGCAGAGGUACAACGACUCAGUUCUGCUGCGGAGCAAGAGGAAGGAUCUGCAAUCGAUGAGGAGGCCAUGAAAUCUGCAAAAGCCAGACUUGAAAAUGCGAUGAAGGCAGCGACGCUUGCUGGAGUCUCGGAGUCCACACUUCUUGAGGCCAGUGCUCCAGAGGAAGCGCCGGAGCAGCCGAAAGUUGCAGAGGGUGACCUGAAGAACGGGUCCAAAGUUGAGAUCCAUGGCUUGGAAUCUGAAGCUGGGAAGCAACUGAACGGGCAGGUCGGAACCAUCACAAGUUUUCUUGAGGAGAAAGGCCGCUACCAAAUCAGUCUUGCAGACAAAGUUGUCAGCAUCAGACCAGAGAAUCUUCAGCUGCUGCCGGCUGCAUCCGGUGGUCAGAAAGCGCCAAACCAAACAGGUGCUGAAUCAACAUUUCAAGUUGGCGAUCGAGUUGAGGUGAAUGGCCUUGAGUCCGAAGCCGGCAGGAAACUCAACGAACGCGUCGGCGUGACGAAGGAGUUUCUCGCAGACAAGGGUCGCUGGACGAUUGAAAUGGAAGACACCAAGGAGGUGGUAUCUGUCAGGCCGAGUAACAUGAGUUUCGUCGAAAAGGCUUCAGAGGGCUCCUCCAGCUCGAGUUCAUCUGGUUCCGAGAAGGAACAAAAACCCAAAAAGAGAAAGAGAUCGUCAGCGAAUCCUGAAGAGGCCCUAGAAGCCAUGCUGAAGGGCGAGAGGGUUCGAUCUGACAAGAAGAAAAAAUCUGCCAGAGAUGCAGGUGCUGCGGCUGCAUGGGCGGCCCAGGCUCACGAGGCGGACAACGGGGCUCUGAAGCCCGGGGAUGUCGUAGAGGUGCAUGGCCUCCAGUCAGCGGGCGGCAAGGCGCUAAAUGGCAAGAGUGGUUUGAUAACAAAGUGGGACGAGGUCAAGGGCCGAUUUCAAGUGGAGCUGGGCAUGGCAAAUCUGCAAAGUCUCAAGCCAGAGAAUCUGAAGCGAACCGUGGCCAGCGGUCAAGCUCAGAGGCCUCACAAUGACGAUGGAUGCGGCGAAUUUGGAGAUUACUCUGGGAGCACCGCGGGCUACACAUUGCUAUAAGAGCUCCAAAAAUCUGCUUUGGCCAAGCGCUGGCACCAAGAUCC